AUGCUUCGGUUGAGAAGUCAGGCCAUCCACCGCCUUGGAAAAGCAUAUACUUGCCCAUCAUGUCUCGCUGCUGCCCGGCCGCCGGUCGCAGUGAGCGUGCGCCCCAGCAAGAUCGCAUCUAGCCAACUCGUAUACACGCGGACGAAGAACCGAUUGUUCACCACCUCAGCCCGUCUCUCAUCUGAGGAUGUAGAAACCGCAAAAGAUGUAGUACCUGGAGCAUCUAGCUCUUCAGAAAAGGCAGCUCCGAACCCACCAGAAGCUGUGACUAAAGCCAAGGCAAAGAAGAAGAAGAAGUCGCCCGCAAAGACACCACCCGAAAAGAUUGCGCCAGCCUCGGCGGACCAAAGCCAGCAUCUGGCAGUACUACAAGGAGCACUCGCAGCCUUGAAAAAAGUUCUUGAACAACAAAAUAUCCACUACGGCGGCACAAAAGCGAGUGUGACGAAAGAACAGACGGAACCCAAGAAGCCACAGAAGAAGCCACAAAAGGCAGCCAAGUCUCAGCCAGAUCAGAAACCACGAGAGACUUUGGCUGAGGCGACACCUAAAGCGAAGACUGAGGCGACACACAAGGUGAAGACUGAAGCGAAGACUGAAGCGAAGACUGAAGCGAAGACUAAGGCGCCACCUAAAGCGAAGACUGAAGCAAAGACUGGAGCAAAGACUGAAGCAAAGUCUGAGGAAAAGGCUGAGGCGACCAAUCAACAACCCAAGUCAAACGGACGAAGACGCAAGAGGAAGCAAAGUCCCCCAAGUCCACCAAGUCCACCAAGUCCCAAGAUCAGCUCUAAAAAGAAGCAAGCCGUCCCAAAGAUGGACGACGUCGCGCUUUUGAAUGCUGCACUCUUGAGAUCCGGUGUGUCAAUUGGAGCGCUGCAAGCAUCACACUCAGAAAGCAAAGAACCGAAGAAUGUUCCCACCAAAGGUGCAGGCAAGAAAGGUGUAUCGAGUAAACCAGUGGAAGCCAAAAAAGUUCCAGCGAAGAACAAAUCGACAAAAAACCAAGCCGAUUCGCCAAAAAAAUCCAAACUCGAGCAACAACCACUCCAGAUAUCGAACAUCAACGCCAAUGAACUCAACUUGGUUCCCAUUGAUAAACCCCAGCCUCCAGUCCCGACUCUCUCGUAUGGACUGGAGAGAGCUCUGUUUAACCCUGGUGUAUACUAUCUUCAAGAUCCUCGUUCCAAGGUCUACAAUUUCGACCCAUACCUGUCAAAUAUCAUGCCCAUCAAAGAAUUCGACUUUGAUGCAUUGAAGCAGUACAUUACAUCAUCAAAGGAUGAGACGCUCAUUAGCGUUGCGCGAGAGCACGGCAAGAAGUAUACUGGAUCGACCUCGAGCAUGACCGCUGCGCUUUCGCAUUUCCACUAUCUUCUUUCCAGCUGGCGAGAGAUCAACUCUGGAAUGAUGUCGCAAGAAUUUCAAGUGCCCAACACAAACUUUACCAGGUUGUUGAGAAGCCCGGCAGCCACCUUUCUGCACUAUAAAGAUGGCGUCUACGCGAUUGACGCCGACAAGGAAUUCGAUUCGGCCAAUAUUCUAAGCAUGCUUGGCAAGUCCAUGGAAAAGCUGCUGACGUUGCCGAAGGAGGAGUAUGAAAAGUACCGUCGGGUGAACUCGCAUCAAAUCUCCGAGGAGGAGCGCAAUGCCGAUGAAGCAUAUCACUACACUGGGUUGGGCGACUUCAUGAUGCGAUCUCAAUUAGACGCUCACGAUCCCAGGGUCCCCGGUACUGGCAUGUUUGAUCUCAAGACUAGAGCUGUCAUUUCGAUUCGCAUGGAUGUCCAAGGCUAUGAAAAAGGCCUUGGGUACGAACUUCGUCAUCGUCAUGGCAACUGGGAGUCUUAUGAACGCGAGUAUCACGACAUGAUCCGGGCCGCUUUCCUCAAGUACUCCCUCCAAGUCCGCAUGGGCAGAAUGGAUGGCAUCUUUGUUGCUUUCCACAACACCCAGCGCAUCUUUGGUUUUCAGUACAUUCCGCUAGGUGAGAUGGACUUGUCCUUACAUGGUACCAGUGAUACGGCCCUUGGUGAUAAGGAGUUCAAACUCAGUCUUACGCUGUUCAAUCAAUUGCUUGAUCGCGCCACGGCAAAGUUCCCCGAAACGUCUUUGCGCUUGUUCGUCGAAACGCGGGAAUCAAACGUAGCCCCUUUCAUGUAUGCCUUUUUCAAGCCUGUCACAUCUGAAGAGAUUGAGUCGGUGCAAAGCAAGAACAAGGAUUCUGUAGAGGUGGUCGAGAGGCAGUUGCGUGGAAUCACUGAUGCGAUCGUGUCGGAGGCUCGUGGUGAGACUGAGAUGGAAGAAGGAACUGAGGGGGCAGAGGUUGAAGAGAAGAUCGACGAGGCUGAGGCGGUAGAGGGACCGAGAGAGACUGAAAUCAAAGAAGAAGAAGAGGACGAAGACGAGGAUGACGAUGUCGUAUCCUGGGGUGACAUUCAGCUAAUGGUGGAAGAUGCCAUGGAAGAUGACGAACUUGGUAUCGGGGCUGUUCGACAGGCUAUCGAGGACGCGCUGGAAGAGAGUGGACUGCUCGAAGAUCAGAAUCCAGAAGAAGCCCGUGGCUACGUCGAUGCGCUAUUGAGUGUUGUCACUGAUAGUUCUCAGCGAUCUGCCGCUGAAAGCGCAGAUGUCGUGGACGAUGAAGCUGAGCAAUCCGCAGCCGAAAGCACAGAUACCGUGGACGAUGAAGCUCAGCAAUCCGCAGCCGAAAGCACAGAUGUUGUGGACGAUGAAGCUCAAAAUUCCGCAGCCGAGAACACUGAUGUCGUAACCGACGAAGCCCAAGCAACCUCUGAAUUGGAGGCGACCGAGGUGGAAACUGCUGCACCGGAAAACACCGAAUCAGUCGCUACGAGGUCAGAGCAGGUUGAGGCUGAACCUGCAAAGGCAUUCGAAGAAGCGACAUCCGAAGAAGCGGCAUCCCAAGAGGCAGCAUCCCAAGAGGCAGCAUCCCAAGAGGCAGCAUCCCAAGAGGCAGCAUCCCAAGAGGCAGCAUCCCAAGAGGCAGCAUCCCAAGAAGCGGCAUCCCAAGAGCCAGCAUCCCAAGAAUCGCCGGCUGAAAACGAUUUGGACGAAUCCGAAAGCAAGGAUGCAGAAAGUAAGGACCUUGAUGGCGAAUCAGCGAGCCCAAAUAUGUCGACACUCAGCAAUCUCAUUGUGCGCAUGACUCGCCAAAUUGAUGAAAAGGGUACAUCGGAAGAGCAGCCUGAUGCUGCCGUCUCUUCCAAGCUUAAGGAAUUCGAACGGAUUCUCAGCAAAAUCAUCAGCGAAUCCCGCGAAGACGACCAAGCAACAGACUCCAACACAGUUCCAGAUGCCGUGGAUGAGACACCAGCCUUGGCUGAUAAGGUUGCAGCCGAGACUACAGAAGACGCCGCCGACCCGUCAGAACCUGUUGCGGAAGAGGCAGGUGUGGAGAAGCAGACCAAGGACAAGUUUCCCCUUCUUGGUAUGGUGUUGACGGUUCGAAACAAAGUCAACGGCAAAUACGUCACAAGGCCAGAAAAUCUCACCAAAGACGACGUUUGGGAGGUCGAAUACAACAUUGAGGAACUUCCAGACGGGCGAGCUCACCGACUCUUUAUGCAAUGCCAGAGACGACGAAAGACGACGUUCAAGCAAAAUGACAAAGAAAAGCAAUGGAAUACCAUGUUUGGUGGAGCUCUACCCAGAUACACAAAGGAAGGCCGUGACUUCCGUGACCAGGAGAAUGAGCUAGCCAAAAAGCAGCCAAUCCACAUCGUAGGCCAGGAAAAGCCGGUGGCGUACAACGAGAUUUUUGGCGAUAAUGGCAAAGAAGCAUGA